CGUUUCCUUUCACAGGGAAUAAAACCGUGUUUCAACAGUGGACGCAGGCACGGAGCUCGAUGCGAAAGCUGGGGCUUUUGGGGCAUCAGCUGCGCAGUGGAAGAGGCUUGGAGGAGCUGCAAUUUCCUGGGGACUUGGAAGUACUCAGCGAGGUGUGCCUGGAGCUGGGGACAAGGCGUGCGUGUUUGACUUGCUCUGCAGAGCAGGAAAUAAUGAGAAGCCGUUACCUAACCUGAGCAAAUUACAUUCCCGCAUUGUUCUACAGAGGCAAAGGCUUAAUGCUCUGCCUGGAGAGAGACUGAGGGCAGCUGGUUUUCAUCUGCCUUAACACAGUACAAACCCACAGUGAGCCACGGGAGUCCCUGCGAGAAAACCUACUGUCAUCUUCGUCUCCGCAUCUGCUGGCUGUAGAGGAGGAGGCAUGAAUCCUGCCCUGCCUUGGAUCCUUCCUCUUGGAUGUGUACUGCUCCUGACAAAGGCAGCCGAAUGCUUUAUCUUGCACAACUCGAGUCACCUGGAGAGCAUUCUGAGUAAAUACCAGGAUGGGGAAACUCACUCCAGAUCCAAGAGAGCCAUUUUAUUCUCAGACAGACAGGAGAUAUUGAUGCUCCACAAUAAAUUGAGAGGUCAAGUGUACCCAGCAGCCUCUAAUAUGGAAUACAUGACCUGGGAUGACGAGCUGGAAAGAUCAGCCCAUGCUUGGGCUCAGCAGUGCAUCUGGGACCAUGGACCUAGUGCCCUCAUCAGGUCAAUUGGACAGAACUUGGCGGUUCACUGGGGCAGGUAUCGGUCUCCAGCUUUCCACGUCCAGUCUUGGUAUGACGAAGUUAAAGAUUACACAUACCCGUAUCCCCACGAGUGCAACCCGUGGUGCCCCGAGAAAUGCACUGGCUCGAUGUGCACGCAUUACACCCAGAUAGUCUGGGCCACGACGAACAAGAUCGGCUGUGCCGUGAAUGUCUGCAAGCAGAUGAACGUCUGGGGAGAAAUCUGGGAGAAUGCCGUCUACCUGGUCUGCAACUACUCGCCGAAGGGUAACUGGAUCGGAGAAGCCCCGUAUAAGACCGGCCGCCCCUGCUCCGAGUGCCCGCCGAGCUACGGAGGAGGCUGCCAGAACAACCUCUGCUACAAAGAUUACCGUUACGAAGAUCCCGUCAUCCCUGAGACGGAUGAGACUAACGAAGUGGAGAUUUCGCAGGUGGCGGAGCAAAAGCCGGUGCGGUUCCAUCCUCCGGAAAGCAAACCCAGCAAACCCAAGAAAAUCAUCCCGGACUCCUACAUGACACAAGUCAUUACCUGUGAAACCAAGAUGAGAGACAAAUGCAGAGGCUCAACAUGCAACAGGUAUUUGUGCCCAGCUGGCUGCUUGUACAGUAAGGGAAAGAUCUUUGGAACAUUUUAUUAUGAGAGUUCAUCAAGCAUAUGUCGUGCUGCAAUUCAUUACGGCAUCCUGGACGAUAAAGGAGGACUGGUUGAUAUCACGAGGAAGGGGAGGACACUGGCUUUUGUGAAGUCUACCAGGAACGGCGUGGAGUCUUUUAGGAAAAGUAAGCCUUCAAAUGCAUUCAUGGUUUCCAAAGUCACAACACAGACGCUGGAUUGCUAUACUACAGUAGCUGAGCUGUGCCAGUUCAAAAAACCGGCGACCCAUUGCCCAAGGAUUUAUUGUCCAGCCCACUGUAAAGGCGAGCCAUCGUACUGGGCGCCGGUGUUCGGCACAAACGUUUAUGCAGAUAGCUCCAGUAUCUGCAAAACCGCGGUGCACGCAGGAGUCAUUCAAGAUGAAAGAGGUGGUUUUGCGGACGUGAUGCCCGUCGAAAAGAAGAAAAGUUAUGUUGGCUCCUUAAAGAACGGAGUCCAGUCUGAGAGCUUGAAGAAUCCUUCAGAUGGAAACGCUUUCCGAAUUUUUGCUGUGAAGCAGUAAAUUCCCAGGGAAGGUGCAGGUUUCUUUGGGAGAACGCUCUGUUGAUCUCCAGAGACAGGAAGGCUCCUCUGAUGGUAUCAGCUCUGACCGUACCCUCCUUGCCGAUCUCUUUCAGGGAAUUAAAAAAGAAAAGGAAAAAAAAAAAAAAAAAAAAGACACCAGGUUCUGACUCAGCUGUUCGCAUCUCAUCGCACCCGUUCAGCGUUGUAUCUUUUCGUUUCGUGUUUUUGUUUCUCUAGGGGCAUUCAGCAAUGAUAAACUGUUCUAUCUUCCAAUUUACGAGAGGUGUGCUACACAGAACAGCGGUGGCUCGAUGUACAGCAGACGUAGGGAUCUCGGCCUGGCCCUGGAUGGCAUUUUUAGGGUGUGAAGCAUCUACCGUGAUGGGCGUGAGGACGUGCACUGCUGAGCAGACUCAGAAGUGAGCAACUGUCCAGGCGCUGGACCCUUUUAGAACGAGAAACUGUUUUAAAAGUUGCAUCUUUUGGGGAGAGGCUGGGCUUUGAUAGAGUGUUUUUGCGUAUGUUUGAUGUUUUCUGUGCAAAAGAAGAGAAAAUUUGGUCUUUUCCCAACGAGGUGGCAUGCAUCAGCACCGCUGUGUAAGGCUGCUGGGGCAUCGCGCUAGGCUACGUUGUACGAUGGUGUCACGUUUGGGGAGAGGACGUUCUUGUCGGCCGGACAUCAAGGUUUUUUGGGGACUGGAGUAGGGCGUGAAAAAGAGGCAGAGAUCCUCGCUGCAGAAAAUGAGGCCACCAGAGAAUCAAAACAGCAGGUUUAGUGUUUGCUGGUCAAACAUUCACAGGUGUUUUGCAAGUCUGGCAACCUAUGAGAAGUCAGUGAAUCGGGGCUCCUGUGCUGGCACAUCUCAUCCUAUACUACACGCCAUUUCAAAUAAAAUUUCAGUUAAAUGCAGUGUAUUGUUUUAUACAGCAGUGCUGGUUGUUUUAUCUGUAGUAGUUAAGUAGUGAUAAAGUUAAUCUUAUUUCUGCUAGGAAUGGUUGCAUACAUAGGAAGCAUGUUCACCUUUGUGAAGCUCUUUGUGGUGUGUACAGUUCUGAGACUUGAAAGAUACGGCGUAAAUUGGGGUAGAUGAAUUUUUCCCGUUCAAUUUGUGAAACCAACAGAUCCCCACUUUCAGUGUAAAUGCUGUACCCGUGAGCAUUUGAUAUCCAGGAUGGUAUGUUUUGCAAAACCCAUAGGUGUUGUAAUGUUGUUAUUUCGUACUUUGUUAUUAUGUCUCAGCAUGUACCCAAAUGCAUUUCAAAGCCAAGAGAAGAGCCUAGCAUGACCUGCUCUUUUAAGGCAAGAGAGUGUUCUCAGCUCUAUAUUGGAAAUGAAUUUUUAGAAUUGGUCGAAACUCAAAUCCGGUUGUCUUUUGAUGCACACACAUCCAGUAACGUCAUUAGUCAUAAGAAGGCAACGUAAACUUUAGUUCUUCAGUUCUUGUAAAUGCAUAGACCUUCUGCUCAAUAACUUGAUUUUAAUGUUGUAUAACAAAUGGGAAAAUAUUUCCCUCUAUUUGGCAGAUGUCUCCUAGCUGUUCUUACGCUCGGGCUCUGUUUGGUUUAAUCUAGACAGAUAUAAAAGCCAUCUCUUCAAGCUGUUUCAAAACACAGACCAAAAAUGUUGAUCUGAUUAAGCACUUCUUUAAUUCUAUAAACACCAGGAAAUCAGCAAGGAAAUUACAUUUAUCACUCAGUUUGUCUCAACGUUGGGGUUUCUUUCUCUGUGAAAUCUGAAUUUGGAAAGAGACCUUAUGUAAAGUAUAAAAUUGGAGCUGCUUUGCAUCGUCUCCAAAAGUGCUGCACAGCAAACCUACCUUUGGGGCGGAUAGAGAGAAAUGACUCUGUGUCGUCUUCGUUUAUAGAGUAUUGUCUUCCAAGGUGUACAGAAUUUGCUUUAGAUAGGAAAGCUGAACUAUUUUUUUUCUUACUAGGUAAACUGAUGUUAAAAACAGCUGGAACAUAUCUUUGAAAAUCUGCUGGUUGGAAGCGUUUGAGAUCUUGGCAGCGAGAUAAGGCUUCCCUGUUUCUGCCCACUGUGAAUAAUUAUGCUAUACAUGGUCUGGUUCAAGCCCAUUAAAUACUGCAGCAUGAAUCUAUGACCAUCAUGGGCCAAAUGGUAGCCACAGUGCUAUUUCUUGAAUCGGAAAGACUAAGAAAGAGAUGCGAUCAGGUAUUCUUCAUGGGGACUGCAAGAGCACAUAAAAUGCCUCAAUGCUAACAUGGGAUCCCACCUCUAAUAUGCUGUCCGUGACAAUUACGUAUGCUCUAAAAUGACGGAAAGAACUGUGAGGGCUCUUGGGGAAAAGUCCAGGGGAUUAUUGUGAGCACAUAAAAAUCCAAACAGCUUGGGAUGUAUCUACCUGACAGAAAGGGGGCAAGGGAAGAAUUAUUAUUCCAACAGAAAUAUCCUAAAAUGCUUAAUUCAAGUUACAAUUGCAUAUUUUUAUCUUCAGCCAACUGGUUUGGAUUUUUAGAAACCGAUGUUAAUUUAAGUCUGUAUCUGUUUAUUUUUGUAUUUGUUGUACAAAAGAGAAAUUGUGACUUUACUACACAAAUAUUAUUCGAGGUCCUGGGUGCUAUUAAUUUAAACAUACCUCCACCAGAAUUAGGAGCGAUCAGGUCCUCCAAGGCAGUCGUGAUAUAUCAAUUACUUGCAAUCAUGUGUGCUAGCUAUUCAUAUAUAGGUGGGACAGUACCAGUUUUUAGCCACAUAUUUACUGAUUUUAUUUCCGAUACCAAAACAUUUCUCAGCCUAAUAUAUUUCAAUGCAGCUUAAAGAUGCAGCAUGUCUUUGUACCACCAGAUCCAUUCCUCCUUAGACCCCAGCUCAGCAGAUUAGUAAGCACGUACCAACUUGAGGCACUCGGGUGUAGCCUUACCGAAGCGUCUGGUUAAACCCCUGGCAAAGCGGAUGCUGCCUGGUUGUUCUUUUCCAACAAAUUUAUUUUUGAAACCAAGACUGCCAGUGCAGACACUGUCAUUGCAGAGCAUCUCAGCUCCGCAUAGCCAAAUGUCCAGAAAACACAACCAGCGUGAAAGCCAAAGCGCGGCGCUUCCCCAGCUGCCGGUGUGCUGUCGGGUCCAUUGGCUCCAUUAAUUUCUGCAUUUUAAGAUGUUCAGCCAACAGCUGAUUGAGGAGUCUCCAGUUGGUCGGUUGUGCAGUCUAAAUAUUUAGGGCCAGUUCAUAGAGUUGCUUUUUUUCUAUGAAAAAUGAUGUAUUUUACUUCCUAUGUAUAAAAGUUUCUUGUAAAUUUUUGUGUGCCUUUGCAUGUUUUUCAAGGGGCCGUGUGUUUGUUUAUAAACUAUAAUUUUUUUUCUAAUAACAGAAUUGUAAAAUAUCUUCUUUCCCCCCUCCAUUUUCUUUUGAUUUCUGAAUUAUUUGUGAAAUAAAACCUUCCCAGAAUGAA